AUGAGUGCACUGUCAGCAGUCAAGGGAUGCUCCAAGUUUUCCACGCACGGGGGUUGUUCCGUGAAGAAGAAGAACGUCCACCAUCACAUCAUCCAGGUCAACACCACCACUCUUGAUUUUACUUGUAAAAAUUCUUUCCCAAAGUCAAAUAUGGUACGAACAAAACAAACUGUUAGAAAAUCCACGGGUGGCAGGGCCCCUAGAAAGCAGCUUUUGCCAAAGGCAAGCAGGAAUCUUCUCCGACAGUUUCACGAUCAUGCUGGUCGGGUGUAUACGGUCUUCUGCCCCUUCUCGAUGUCUGGCACAUCAGUUCGGAAGUUGGGCAUCCAACUCUAUCUCCUGGGGGAACGUAAAUAUUCUGAAAUUGAGGCUUUUGCUAAGAAAUUUAUCCAUUGCGACGGCAUUGAGGGUUGGGGGAAUGCCUCGAAUUACUGGCCCCGGGUUGACACGUAUGCAGGUUUUCAAACCGUUGAGGAAUGCAUCGAACACCAUAGAAAAGAGAAGAAAUUUCGGAGAGCAGCUAUUGAGGAAAUGAGGCAAAAUGCAGUUGCGGGCCUCUCCGAGGAGGCUGCAAAUGAAAAGUUGCUCAGCGAGAUUCGGGGCAGAGAGCCACUACCGCAUAUUGUACCAUCUUGGUGCCCAUCAGACGCGUUUUGGAGAGAGUUUGACUACAAGGACGACAGAUAUCGAAGCUGGAUUAUUGUCGUUGAAGCAGAUCGACUAUCCUGGGAAGAUGUGGUCGAAAGAGGCUUGCUUCAAGUGCGUUUCGAUCUUGACGUAACCCCCCAAAUGCUGACCGAAAGCUGGUGCGAAGGGGUGGAUGUCGAUUGCUGCUUGGAGAAAGAUAAAGAGGGCUGGGUCUUCGUAGACUGGUCCGGGCAUGAAAAGCGAAAGCCAAUUGAUAGACGGCUCCUCUGCGUCCGAGACCAACCUCGCCGUCUCAUGGAUUUAAGUAUCACAGACCCCGAGGAGAUCGCAAAGAUGAUGUAUGGAUGGGAAACUCCUGGAACAGACGGCAGGCUGGUCGAUGCUUGGUCGUCUUAUACUACUCGUCUCAGGGAUUGUACUUACCGGGGCGUCUCCUGCUAUGCAUGCGACAAUGAAGACGAGCACGAGCUUUGCGAGCAGGAUCUAGACGAGCAUUAUUUUGAUGAGGACGGACAAUGCAUCGCUUGCCGAAGAGCAUCUGAGUAUCGGCGCCGGAGUAAAAGAAUCGCUGCAAAGAAGGCCGAAUCUAGUUGA